AUGCGCGCGCCGCCGCAGAGCACCACACGCCUCUUGGCCGCGGGUACUGCCACUGCGCAUGCGCGCGCCAGCUCGCAGCCCCGCACCACCAUGGAGGUGGCAUGCGGGCGGCAGCGUGUAGGGCUGUGCGUGCUGUGCGGGCUGCCCGCGGCCGGCAAGUCCAGCCUGGCCCGCGGGCUGCGCCUCCGCCUGCCGCGCCGCCAGCGCUGGCACUGCGGGCUCCUCCCCUACGACGAGCUCAUCCCGCCGGAGGCCAUCGCGCCCGCCGCGCCGGGGGCGGGAGCGAMCGGGCUCGCCCCAUUGCCCUCGCGCUGGAAGUCCCACCGGCACGAGCUGCUGCGGUGYCUCGAGCACCUCCUGCAGGCUCUCACUACCGGCGGUCCCUUGUCUGCCCCCGCUGGCUGCACCGAGGCAACGUGGGGGCGCUUCGUGGCCUGCUGCCGAGGGCAGGGUCUGCUCUCCUCACCGGCACCUGCAGCCGCCGAUUGCCACUUCCUGGCCAACGAGGCCACGUCUAGGCCGCUGUACCUUAUUCUGGAUGACAAUUUUUAUUACCAGAGUAUGAGAUAUGAAGUGUACCAGCUGGCUCGCAAAUAUUCAUUGAGCUUCUGCCAGAUAUUUCUAGAGUGCCCACUUGAACAGUGCUUGCAAAGAAAUCGCCUGAGAAGUGCCCCUAUACCAGAUCAGACAAUAUAUCAGAUGGCAAGAAAAAUAGAAAUGCCAGAUCUUGAGAAAAAUGCUUGGGAAAAGAACAGCCUCAUCCUGAAAAGCUCUGAAUGUGCUUUGGAGGAUAAUUUGCAGWUAAUUGACUUACUGGCCAAUGCUUUGGAAAAUCCAGUGAAGCAAAAUGAGGAGAAUACAGAGCAAAAGGAAGUAGAUCGAGCGAUCUGUGCAGCUAGUGCCAUCCAUGGAGCUGAUCAGACUUGCAGGCGAAUCAUCUCUCAAGCAAUGAAGAAUGCGAAAGAUAAAAAUGUACAUCCAAGUGAGWUGAAGGUCCUGGCAGAAGAACUCAACAGACUCAAAGCAGCAUUUUUAGAUGAUCUUCGACAAGGAAGUCAUCUGAAAAAUCAGAUUUGCCAGACCAAUAGCGACCCAGUAACAAAUGUAACUUCUUCAUUCCAAUAUAAGGCAACCACUAUAGUCAAUAAAUAUAUUUUAAAAUAA